AUGCACGGUGUAAACGUAGCCACUGACCUAUCGUUCUGCCCAACGCGCGAUAAGCCGCCCGGCAAGCGCGAGGAUAAACUUCUCGCGACACUGUACGAUAAGCAGCAUUACGUCAUCCACUAUCGCAACCUGCAGCAAUGUACUCGUCACGACCUUCGCGUAACGAAGAUACAUAGGGUGCUGCAAUUCAUUCAAUCCGCCUGGCUCCGUGAUUACAUCGAACUGAAUACGCAAUUUAGAACGCGCGCUAAAAACGAUUUCGAAAAAAAUUUAUAUAAAUUAAUGAAUAACGCGGUAUUCGACAAAACUAUGGAAAACGUUCGAAAUCACGUCGACGUGAAAUUGAUAACGAAAUGGGACGGACGGUACGGCGCGGAGGCAAUGAUCACGAAACCGAAUUUUCAUAGUCGUAGCGUUUUUUCUGAAAAUUUGAUCGCCAUUGAACUGCGUAAACUCGAGGUGAAAUUCGACAAGCCGAUUUACGUGGGUAUGUGUAUCCUGGACAUAUCAAAAGUCUGUUUGUACAAAUUUCAUCACGAGUAUAUGCUACCGCUGUAUCAAGACAAAUGUAAGAUCAUGUACACUGACAGAGACAGUCUUAUAUACCACAUCGAAUGCGGCGAUGUAUACGAGAUGAUGAAACGCGAUAUCGCUAGGUUCGACACGAGCGAUUAUCAGGCUGACAACGCGUACUGUAUGCCUUUCGCGAAUAAGAAGGUGCCGGGUCUGAUGAAGGAUGAAAACAAUAGCGCGAUAAUGACUGAGUUCGUUGGACUCAGAGCGAAGAUGUACGCCUUGCGUGUAGAUGGAAAGGACACUAAAAAAGCGAAAGAUGUAAAGAGCAACGUCGUAGCGCGAACGAUAACGUUCGAUGAUUACACGCGUUGUUUGAACGAAGAGAUAGAAAUGACUCGCCGUCAAUCGUGUAUGGUAUACGAUUUAAACUGCACGAGGUAUACACGAUUUCCGAAUCGAAAAUCGCUCUGA